CAUUAAUAACACAAUAUUGAAUAUUUCUACAAUUUAAUCAAGUUUCCAACUAUGGCAGCUCUCAAAUUCUUUUCACUAGUAAUUUCUUCAAUCGCAUUUGUCCAAAUGGCCAUGGCCGGAGACCCGGACAUUAUUACCGACUUCAUUGCUCCUCCAAACGGAACAGUAGAUGGCAACUUCUUCACAUACACCGCAUUUCGCGCUCUUGUUGGGGGCGGCCCUCCCACGGCUUUCAAGAUAUUAAAGGCAACCAUGGCUGAGUUCCCUGCUCUCAAUGGCCAGAGUGUUUCAUACGCCGUCCUCGAAUUCCCAUCUAAUAGUACCAAUCCACCACACACUCAUCCUCGCGCCGCUGAACUCCUUUUCCUUAUUGACGGUACCCUCGAAGUCGGUUUUGUUGACACCAAAAACAAACUCUUUACACAGACCCUUCAAGUAGGUGAUCUUUUUGUAUUUCCCAAGGGACUAGCACACUUUCAGUACAAUGCUGAUCCACAAUUCCCAGCUCUGGCAGUGUCUGCCUUUGGAAGUGCAAAUGCAGGAACUGUAUCAAUACCUAACACCUUAUUUGCCACCGGCGUUGAUGACAAUGUCUUGGCUAUCUCCUUCAAGACGGAUGUUGCCACCAUUCAAAAGCUCAAGGCUGGACUUGCACCCAAGCCAUGAGGACAGAAUUGUUAACCAGAAGUUCAAUGUUCUGCUCAAGCAAUUUUCUAUCCUUUUUUUUCUUCUAAUUCUGUUCGAAUAAUUUACCCUUAAUGUAUUCAAAGGGCAUGUUCCUACAAAUGAUUAUGGUCAACCAACUAAAAUAUUCACUUUCUUUUCCA